AAUAUAUACAUUUCAAUUUUAAUCAGUGAAUUUAUUCUCUGCAUAUUAAAGUUUAUUUGUUGCAUUAUCAAAAUUAUUGUACAGAAAUUGUUUUAAGUACCUUUCUUUUCAUAAAUAAUCAGUUGGCUUACAGUUUUUUUUACAGACGUUAGGACACAUUUCUCAAUACUUAGGUCACUUUUGCAAAACUCUUCACACAGUGAGCAAAACAGAAGUCUAUGUGGGCUAAACUGAGGAUAAAUUAUCAUUGCUUUGGUACAAAAUGCAUUCAAUAACUACAUCUCUCAAAUUUCAUGAAUUCUUUUCUCACUCAGACACAACAUCUGCUAAAACUCUUUAUAAAAUACAGGCCAAUUUGCACAUGCUUACAUACUGCUUUCAAAACUGUUAAACUUAUGUUCAAAACAAUAACAUAAUACAAAACUGAAUAAGACCGCAAUUUGUUACAUUUCUACAGUAAUAUUUUAAUGAAAUAUAUUUUAAAUCUUAAAAUUAAAUGCUAUAAAAACUAUUGGACAAUUGCACCAGCCACAGGUGUCCACAGCCAAGUAGAUUGGCAUUACUAUUGUCUGUAUAAGUGGAUGGUGUGUAUAAAAAUUAUGGUAUUUUGGAAUUACGCAAUGCAAAAAAUUAAAAAUAAAUAAACAACAUAAAACAUUGAAGAAUUCUGCAUCAUGUCUGAUUCUUUCCAGUAACAUUGAAGUGAAUUAUAAACAGAGAUGUGUCCUUGUUUUACACAAGGAAACAUUGUAUAAUGCUACAUGUUGUUAGUGUUUUUUUGGUCAUUGUUUUGUGGGUGACAAAGUGUGUUUGUCGGCUGUCAACCUUUGCUAGUGUUUUGGAAGAAUGAGUUGAUUUGAGACCUGAAUAAAGUGUUUUGGUAGUUUAUAGUGCAUUUUGAAUGUGAAAUGAACUGCUUUGCCAAGCUGAAAGUUUGUUGGGAGAACUGUGUGAAGAGUUUUGCAAAAGUGACCUAAGUAUUGAGAAAUGUGUCCUAGUGUCUGUAAAAAACUGUAAAAACAAUCAUUUACAUUUAAGUCAGGCAUUGUCAUUUUGUAAGUGAUGUUUCCAACACUAUCUCAUGGCAAUUUAUAAGUAUUUUACGAGGUGGCUAAUUUGUAUUUAUUUGUACGACCAACUUUGUAAAUUUUUUAAUGAUUCGCCUUGACCCCUGUGACGUUGGGGUUGGGUUUUGUUAUUGUUUUUUAAUGAUAAUCGUAUGUUUUUGCACGAUUAACUUGAUUAAAAUGUACGAAUUCUCAUGAGAUCAGGCUGACGUUUCUGACCUAAACCAUUCUAGUUUUCCAAAUCAUUAACUCUUUCAGUAUUCAAUAUGUGGCCAGGUAAGUAUACAACCUCAGCAUUUUUUUAAAUGACCAAAGUACAAGCUACCUCUGGCUUAUAACGGACACAUUUUUUAAACCACUUCAUACGUCAAGGUUUUUAUAAUAAGACAAAAAAACUCAAAAAGAAGAAUGAAGUUUGAAGAUCUUCUUACUGAGAUCAAUGGCUUUGGCAGAUUCCAGAAGAUGAUUGUUUGCAUCAGUUUUAUAGGACGAUUUACAAUUCCGUGUCACUUCCUGCUAACCAACUUUAUUGCUGCCAUCCCGUCUCAUCACUGUGACAUCAGUCAUCUGGAUGCUGAUGGGAUCUUUGGGAAUCUGACUCAGCAGGAGAGACUGACUAUCAGUAUUCCAGCACAGGUAGAUGGGACUCCUGCUUCCUGUCUCAUGUUCUCUCAUCCUCAGUUUCACCUGCUGUCAAACUCAUCCAGCACCGCAGAUCUUCCUGUAGUUCAGUGUCAGAAUGGAUGGGAGUAUGAUAACAGUACAUUCAUCAGCACUCUGGCCACACAGUGGGAUCUGGUAUGUGAUAAUAGAGGGCUGAAUAAAGCAGUUGCCACCAUCUUCUUUGUUGGAGUGAUGUUUGGAGCAGUAUUUUUUGGAGGUCUGAGUGACAGAUUUGGGCGUAAGCCGAUGUUGCUGGUGUCGUAUGUUUCAGGAAUGGGUUUUGCAGUGGCCAGCGCUUUUUCCUCAUCCUUCAUCAUGUUUGCAGUGCUGAGAUUCUUUACUGGAUUCACCAUAACUGGCAUCAUCAUCAUCUCAUCUGUACUUAAUGUGGAGUGGGUUGACAUUAAGCACAGAAGAUUGGUGUGUGUUAUUGACAGUAUGGCAUGGGCUUGUGGAAGCACCUCUUUAUCUCUGAUUGCAUUCUGUGUGAGAGACUGGAGAUGGUUAACAGUGGUCGUCACUUCACCUUUACUUCUGUGCACAAUCCUCUGGUGGUGGGUUCCAGAGUCCGCUCGAUGGUUGAUAGUCAAUGGGAAAAUAAAAAGAGCUCAUUAUUAUCUUCAUAAAUGUGCAGUUGUAAACUGUAAGGAGGACGUUAUCUUAAACAUUCAACCUGAGACUCUCUCUAGCAUCACUGUUACUGACACAGAAAAGAGAAAGCAUUCUUACCUGGAUCUCCUCAGAACUCCUAAAAUGAGGAGACUGGCUCUGUUUACAGGAACCAUAUGGUUUUGUGUUGCUACUGCCACCUAUGGAAUAAGCCUUAACAUUGCAGACUUUGGGCUAAACUUGUACCUGACUCAGUUUGUGUAUGGAGGCAUUGAGGUUCCAGUUAAACUGAGCAUCUAUUAUCUGCUUGAAAAGAUUGGCAGACGUAAAACAGAGACAGGAGGCCUGCUAUUGGGUGGAAUCUGCCUAAUGAUUAACAUAUUUGUACCCAGAGAUCAAAUGGUUGGUCGUACUGUGGUAGCUGUAUUGGGACAAGGUUUUUUAGUUGGUGCUUUUGCUACAAUUAUAUUAUACAGCUCUGAACUUUACCCCACUGUUCUCAGGCAAAAUGGGCUAGGCUAUAACUCCUUCCUGGGUCGUCUGGGUGUGGCUUUGGCUCCUCUAGUCUUGUUAUUGGACAAUAUUUGGGGGUAUCUCCCUCAGAUCACCCUCUGUUCUGUGGCACUUGUGGCUAGUUUGGUGGCUUGGCAGUUACCUGAGACACGAGGCAGGUGUCUACCUGAGACCAUAGAGGACAUUGAGGGUACUGGCUCAAAUCGUAACAUACGGCAUUAAAACAUUUUGUACUCAUCAGUUCAUAUAUCAAUAAUUAAUAGAUGAAUGUGCAAGGGAAGAAUACAUUUUUAAACCUUAUAAACAUUUAACCAAAUGUUGGGCAAUGUUAGGCCCAGUUUUCUUAAGUUAUAAUUUGUUGGGCUAACCGUAAUACACUGCCUUUCCGGCUAGGACACAGAAACAUCUUUCCUGCAAACAUACAUAUGUGGCCUAUAAAAACACAAUAGACCAUGCUGUACUUUGACUUGCAUUGUGUUCUGAUUUGCUAUGCUGUUAACUAAAUCUAGAUCCCAAUGGUGUAAAAAUAAAACAUAUUGUACAAAUUUCAAAAAA